AUGUGUGAUGCAUCUGAUUUUGCACUUGGGGCCAUGUUAGGGCAGAGGAAAGAUAACUUAGUCCAUGUGAUAUACUAUGCUAGCAAAGUCCUCAAUGAUGCUCAAAGAAACUGUACCACUACUGAAAAGGAGUUGCUAGCAAUAGUUUUUGCAUGUGACAAGUUCAGAUCAUAUCUCAUUGGUGCUAAAGUGAUUAUUUUCACAGAUCACACAGCACUUAAAAAUUUGUUUGCCAAGCAAGAAUCAAAACCAAGACUAAUAAGAUGGAUCUUAUUGUUGCUGGAAUUCAAUAUUGAAAUCAGAGACAAGAAAGGAGUGGAGAACAAGGUAGCAGAUCACUUAUCCAGAAUCCGUCAUGAGGAAGGUGGAACACAUGAUACAAGUGUGAACGAGCUCUUCCCUGAUGAACAAUUGAUGACAAUUCACAAAGCACCAUGGUUUGCAGACAUUGCCAACUUCAAGGCAACCGGGGCUCUAACUCCAGGGAUCAAUAAACAUCAAAAAAGAAAACUCAUAAAUGAUGCAAAAUAUUUUGUCUGGGAUGAGCCAUAUCUCUUCAAGAAGUGUUCAGAUGGAAUCCUUAGAAGAUGUGUCUCGGAAGAAGAAGGACGAGAGGUCCUAUGGAAGUGCCACGGCUCAUGUUAUGGAGGCCAUUUUGGAGGGGAUAGAACUGCAGCAAAGCUGCAAAAGAUGGAGGAAUUUCGAUCACAAGCCUAUGAGAAUGCCAAGAUUUAUAAGGAAAAAGCAAAGAGAAGACAUGACUUGCAUAUUGCACCCAGGAGUUUCGAAAAGGGGCAACAAGUACUCCUCUACAAUUCCAAAUUGACACUGUUCCCAGGAAAACUCAAAUCAAGGUGGUCCGGACCUUUUCUUGUCACAAAAGUCUCGCCAUAUGUACACAUAGAAAUCAUGGAUGAAAGUUCAGAUAGGACUUUCACUGUGAACGGACAAAGGCUGAAGCAUUAUAUGGGCAACAUGGGGGAAAACCCCAGAGUAAAGUAUCAUCUCAAGUAA